UAUGCGCUCCGCUUGUGUGAUGGCGGAGGAGAGGCGGCAGAAGCAGUGCAGCGUGGUUCUCCCCACAGAGUCGAUGAAGGCGAUGGCAGAGUCGGUGGGUGUCGGUCAACUUCAGGAGGACAGCUGUGUGGCUCUGAGUGAGGAGGUCAGCUACCGCAUCAAAGAGAUCGCUCAGGAUGCUUUGAAGUUUAUGCAUCACGGAAAAAGACGCAAACUGACCACCAGUGACAUCGACCACGCUCUGAAACUGAAGAACGUGGAGCCUCUGUACGGGUUUCAGAGUCAGGAGUUUAUCCCAUUCCGUUUUGCGAGCGGUGGUGGACGAGAGCUGCACUUCUAUGAAGAGAAGGAAGUGGACCUGAGUGACAUCAUCAACACACCUCUCCCCCGAGUGCCCCUUGACGUCUCACUCAAAGCGCACUGGUUAAGUAUUGAUGGUGUUCAGCCGUCCAUCCCAGAAAACCCUCCUCCAGCCACUAAAGAGCAGCAGAAGAAAGAGUCUACAGAACCUCUUAAAGCGGUUAAACCGGGCCAGGAGGAGGAAGGGUCCAUCCAGGCCAAAGGUCAGAGUGCCACCUCUGCUGAGGUCAAAGGAAAGGAGAAGCUGCGUAUGAAGCCCCGCAGCACUCACGAGCUCUCGGUGGAGCAGCAGCUGUACUAUAAGGAGAUCACGGAGGCCUGUGUCGGGUCCUGCGAGGCCAAGAGAGCCGAGGCACUGCAGAGUAUAGCCACAGAUCCAGGCCUGUAUCAGAUGCUCCCUCGUUUCAGCACCUUCAUCUCUGAAGGAGUGCGUGUGAAUGUAGUCCAGAAUAAUUUAGCCCUGCUGAUUUAUCUGAUGAGGAUGGUUAAAGCUCUGAUGGAUAAUCCGACACUCUACCUGGAGAAAUAUCUGCACGAGCUGCUGCCGGCCGUGGUGACGUGUAUCGUGAGUAAGCAGCUGUGCUUGAGGCCAGAUGUGGAUAAUCACUGGGCUCUGAGGGACUUCGCUGCCCGACUGAUGGCACAGAGCUGCAAGACCUUCAGCACCACCACCAACAACAUCCAGUCCCGCAUCACCAAGACCUUCACCAAGGCGUGGCUGGACGAUAAGACUCAGUGGACGACUCGUUACGGCUGCAUCGCUGGACUGUCUGAACUCGGUGCUGACGUGAUAAAGACGUUGAUAAUCCCCCGGCUGGCGGUGGAAGGAGCUCGUAUUAAGGCGGUGAUGGAGGGGCCAGUGGUGUCCAACAUUGAUAAGAUCGGCGCGGAUCACGUACAGAGUCUGCUGCUGAAGCACUGUGCGAGUGUGGUAGCGAAGAUGCGUCCUGCUCCAGACGUGAUGGAACAGUAUCGAGCUGAUUUCGGAUAUCUAGGACCCAUGCUGUGUUCACACGUGGUGAAGGCUCGAGCUCAGGCAGCGCUGCAGGCUCAGACUGUGAACAGAACCACACUGACCAUCACACAGCCGAGGCCCUCUCUCUCUGUUUCUCAGAGUGGUGGGGUUGGGGGGUCCGGUGGACCUCGGACUCCAAGCAUUAUCAAAGUGCCCAGCUCACUCACCCUCAUGUCCACUCGCCCGGCAACACCCACUCAGCCUUCACCUCCGGCAACCAAGUACAUCGUCAUGGCAACCAGUGCCGGAGCCGCCUCCACUCAGCAGGUGAUCACUCUAAGCUCCUCCCAGUCUGGUUCUCCAGUAACAAGCACAGUUCCCAGUGGUUCCACCUCCCUGCAGCCAUUGGUUAAGCUGGAGUCUGGGGGCGGGACUGUGGCGGGGUCACGACCCCUGCAGAAAUACAUCGUGGUGUCACUUCCUUCAUCAUCCUCCUCCUCAUCCUCGCUGGAGCACAAAGGCGGCACCACAGCAACCUCACCUGUCACCAUAGAGACCAGCGUCAAAUCUGAGCGCUCAGAAUCGCCAGCAACGCACACACACUCACCGCAUUAAACACACACACACGCAGAGUGUACUGUAGCGAGCAAGGGCAGGAAGCGGGGUGCUGGUUUCCGUGGUAACGGUGGUGAACACAGCGCUGAACGUGGUGUUUGUGUAUUUAUGAGUGAAGCUGUAGAUUUAGUGAUGAUGUCUGAUGGUGUGACUGACAAGAGAGAGCGAAGAGUCUUCAUCGUUGUCAUGGUGGUCUUCGUUGCUCUCUGUGUUUCUGAGCAGACUGUGGGCAUUCAUAACCAAAACUGAGUCGCUUUAAUGUUCAUCUUCAUUUUUAUAUUCUGGAAUAAAACUGAUUUUUUACUGAA